CGCCACGCAGCACAAUUUGCCAUUUGUGAGUGCGUGGGCAGUUAGCUGGCUUUAUGGUGUCAACUGACUUCUCUGCAGCUGUUGCUGCCAACUGAACCGGUAGGCUAUCUCUACGCGAUUUUUAAGCUCCCAGAUAGAUAUAGUGGUUGGAAAAACUAUAACAUACAUAAAUGUUUGAAAUAGGAAAGAAACUCAUAACUCCAACUUUCAAUUAAGUGACAUUUGUUCUAGGCCUGGGCCAGUGUGGACUAAACCUUCAUUAAAAUGGGGGCAAUUAGGCCCUCUCUUUCCCUCUCACUCAUCUCCUUGGAAAUGCAAUAUUGCUGGCGUAGCAUAUUAUUAAGUUUAACAAUUUAAACUGAGCCAGUUUAAAAUCUAAUUUAGAAAUUACAUUAUAAUUUUGAGCAGACAAGGAGAGCUUUGCAGCCUUGAAGCAGAGCGUUUGGCACAGCUGCUGUGGCCCCUAAAGCUGACCGUGCUGGGCCAGACAGAGUUCUUACCUGCGCCCGUCUCCUUGUUCUCCUUGCUGUCAGUGCCCGGUUCCUGGACUUGCUUGUCGUUGUCACAAGUCCCCUGGUCCAGCCGUGCUUCAGUCCUGGAGCAGCAGUACCGGAGCUCGCAUUUCCCGCAGCAGAUGAUGGCAUCCUCACCAUCGAACUUCUCCGGGCACUGGAAGCCCUCUCUCCAUGUGCCCUGGUUGUCAUGCCAACCGUGACAGUACUCCCCACUCGCCUUCACGUCAAUAAUAGCCAGGAGCAGAGUCACAACCACUGUGACAGACAUUGGGAGACCUCGGCCACCCCACAUCCCGACCAUGGUGCCCGUGUGCACACUGGGCGCGCUGUGAGACAGAUGCUUUCUUUCUCUUACUCUCAGGCUCUAACCUGGCUAACAGAGUGAUACGGUGAAUGAAUUAAAUGAAAGAGAGAGGCGACGAAGUGGAAACAAAACUAACGACUUUGAAACUAUCAUUUGACAGUGGAAUUCCGUGGGUAAGCCUAAUUCAAUAGAUCCACAAAUGUGUCACCAAAGCGCUACUUUUAAAAGUGUCCACUGUUUGAAGUUUAUCACAAGAUUCCAAUUAGCGUUAGUAACGCUUGUUGAGAAAAUAAACCAUUAUCAAAUACCCAGAACAUAAAUAGCCUACAUUUGGCACCAAUCUUACAACUAGCCUAUUAUUUCAUAGCGCGUCUUUCACUCUCAAUUUCACGGCUGUGAGCUCUCGGAGCCCCGGGUAAAUCCAACAUCAAUCCAGGCUGAGCGGAAUCCCUCUGGCACGGAAGCGAGGCUGUCCAUGGUCUCCUGAAAAUACGCUUCUCGGAUGACUUUCCCCCAGAGAUGCAGCGAAACCAACACUGGCCUUACAUGUAAUCCAUACGCGCCCUGCGAGUGUUCUCACGGAAUCUCCCCUUGUCCCUCUGUCCAGUCCACCAGCCCAUCAAGUUGUUUUUCUCCACUUCUAAUGCAUGUCAUGAGGUGAACUUCUCAAAACUUUUCUACAGUAGACUAAAAUGUUGGAAACUAGUCCAUGAGACUAAAAUCGAAUAGAGCACAGUCUCUGGUGCGCAUUAAGGAUAGGCUACGCCAGAAAGAGACGUGCAAGAGAUGUAAACUUUUCACCCAUUCAUACAGUAUUGCCUCCCAGGCUCUCACUCCGAGUCCAUCUAUGGCGAGAGUGCCUCGAAUGAGAGGUGGGCUACUAGUUCAGCCAUGCGCUUGCGCAUUGGUUACUGACAUUUUUCUAGACUUUUCAGCGCUCAGCUCAGCCAGCCAGCCAGUUGUCAGUGUGAAGAAGUGUCACUGCGUACGGUUCCGAGGAGCACCUCCGCUUUCUGAGGGUAGCCCCAGUGCGGUGUUGGGUGUGGGUGCUCCCUUGGGACCCCUGCGCGCACAAUGGAAGCCCCGCUCGUUGAAUGGAGCGCACGCACAGUCUGCUGCCCGGGUGGGACUCAUACAUUAUCACUUUAAAUUGACUUUUGUGCAAUCUCUCUCACACCGAUAUGAAUAGGCCCUAUCGAGUGAAUACCAUAUCAUUAGGAAUUAGAAUACUAAUAGGAAUUUAAUAGGAUCUUUAUGGUGAAUAAUAACUCAUAAUAAUAAUGUGGUCCUCUGUACCUCAGCUGGUAGAGCACCGCGCUUGUAACGCCAAGGUAGUGGGUUCGAUCCCCGGGACCACCCAUACACAAAAAUGUAUGCACGCAUGACUGUAAGUCGCUUUGGAGUCAUGCGUGCAUACAUUUUUUGUGUAUGGGUGGUCCCAUAUAUUAGGCUAACUACCAACUUUUUUUUAGUUAGGCUACAUUACAUCUUUCUCCUGAUUAUGUUGUUCAAUGUUCAAGGUGGGUAGGUCUACUGUCUGUUCUGUCAUAUGGGAGCUGAACAUAAUUUGUAAGAUGACAUUGUCACCUGGUGGUCAAACGUAUUAGCACAAAUCCAUAGAACCACUUGUUUUUUCCCCAUUAUUGAUUAUGCAAAUGCUAUACAUUGUAAUUUUAGAUUUGGAACGUAAUGAAGAGUGGACCUAUUUUUCAAGUCAUUUUUAUAGCGUUUAGCCCUAUCGCAAGCUCUUUCUUGCUACAUCUAACUUACAUCUCUUGCAAAACAACUCUGUGCGCCUUGCUUGUAGCUGUUGAAGACUACAUUUCCCGUUAUGCUAUACUGCCAAAGAGCGUCCUUGUAUUGGUAACUAGGAAGUGAGAAAUGUAACCCAGAAGCGCGCAACAACUGUUGAACACAGCGCCACUCCACAACGGUAAGAAAACAAUGAAUACAGCAAACUAACUAAACACUUUGCUACAGUUAACUUAGUUUGCCAGUUAGCUACAACUAUCUAGUUUAAGAGUAGCUUGCGUAUGACUUUCAUUGAAAAAGCUCUAAUCUGGCAAACAACAUAGCUAGGUAGGCUAACGUUAGCUAGUUAGCUAGCUAUCCGGCUAAUCAGACAUUUUCUAGCUAGCUAACGUUAUCGUUUAUAUCCCAGAUGUCGUUUACGAGGGUGGGCCGCUUACAGCACAGUCAGGGAAAACGACCUGCUAUGCGUCCCAAGAAGGCCAAUGCCCCGAAGAGAGAGUGGGUGGUGAGUGUGCUAGUAGUUGCUGUCACUGUCAUUGAAUCAACUUUGCCACCAGGGGAGAAUGAAGAGAUACAUUUAUGAAAUUAUGAUGACUACCAUCUUCUGCUAAUUUCAGAGCACCGUCCAUGACCUCUCUGUACACAAGGCUUCACCGGAGGAGCUGGUAAGAGAGACAUGUUAUUGUUCUCUCUCUCUUUCUCUCUCAUAUUUUAUGAUGUUAGUUAGCCUAGGUCAGUAUGCCUCGUUAUCUCUCUUCCUCCUCAGAGUCGUCGUCAUGAGAUGCACCGGUCACAGAACCGAGUGGUAGCCCAGUGGGAGCUGAGAGAGAGAGCUCUGAGACGCAGGAGGAAGAAGGGCCUCCCUGGUGGCCCAGCUCCACUAGACCGCACCAGCCUCAACAUCAUAAGAGAGGUGAGGAGUACAGACAGACCUCAUGCUCAGAUCGUAGGGGUAUCUCACAUAAAUCUAAUUUGAUAUGAAACUGCUUUGAAAUUGCAAACUCAAAAGUCAGCGCGCAACUCAUUGAUCACUUUACAUCCUCUUGAUUCCCCUCAGAUGUUGCUUGAAUGUUGUUUAUAUUACAUAGUCGCAGAUUAAACCUUUGUCUUCAAACUGAAGGCUCGUUGUCUUAUUGUGCUGUAGGUGUUCUCAGAUCAGUUCCAGCUGCAGGAUGUUCUGGCCCGGUCAGACAGAGCCAUGGCUGUGGUCAAAGACUUGUUUGGCGACGCACCUCGCAGGCAGACCGGUACGAUAAUGCUCUUAUCCUGCUAUGGAUUACUUAAUGGCUCUUCAAUGUGUGUUGAUCAUGUAUGGUUAUUGUAUGUCUAUGUGUUUAAAUGUUCUCUAUGCAUUAAACAGGGUUUCCGUUGUGGUGCCGUACAUCUGACCAGCAGCAUUUUAAUUUACUGGACAUUUGAGAAAUUUACCGGACCCAUAACUUGAUUAGGGCAUCCACCCACGGUGCUCCGAAUGACAUAAAACACAUUUAGAUCAUGGUAAUUCAUCUUAACAUGCAACUACGUGCAUCCUUACCAAAUUCCGAUGCGUACUUUGAAGAUGUUAGAAUAAGUGUCCACAUUUACUUUUCCUCAGCCAACAAGACGAGUAACGAACAGCAAAAUCACAAGCCUAUGUCAAUCUACUAUCCCCCAUAGUAGAAAAGUUGACCUAUUCUAUUGGUCAGCUUGUCAAGAAAGAAAUAGCCUGUUCCAAACACUCUGGGAUAGUUGUGGGACGAUAGAUCCCAAAUCCAACCAGUAGGCCUCGGCUACAUAAAAACCAUUUUCUAAAGCAAUGAGUCUGAUGCAACAGAUCAGAACAGUUAGCUUAAAAUGUUGAUAAACUAUUAUUUCUUCACAUUAUAAGCAAUGCGCACAAGGCAGGAGGCUACGCACAAAUGUUUGUUCCAUAAUGUAGUUAGGGGGAAAACACCGUUGUCAAAAGGGCACAGCACAUGCGAGCGGUUUCAUGUGACAGAUGAAAUUACAGUGCCUUCGCAAAGUCUUCAGACCCCUUGACUUUUUCCACAUUUUGUUAAGUUACAUCCUUAUUCUAAGAUGGAUGAAAUUGUUUUUUCCCCCUUAUCAAUCUACACACAAUACCCCAGAAUGACAAAGCAAAAACAGGUUUUUAGACAUUUUGCUAAUUUAAAAAGAAAAUAAAAAAACCCGGAAAUAUCACAUUUACAAAAGUAUUCAGACCCUUUACUCAGUACUUUGCUGAAGCACCUUUUGCAGCGAUUACAACAUUGAGUCUUCUUGAGUAUGACGCUACAAGCUUGGCACACCUGUAUUUGGGGAGUUUCUCCCAUUCUUCUCUGCAGAUCCCCUCAAGCUCUGUCAGGUUGGACUGGGAGCAUUGCUGCACAGCUAUUUUCAGGUCUCUCCAGAGAUGUUCGAUCAGGUUCAAGUCCGGGCUCUGGUUGGGCCACUCGAGGACAUUCAGAGACUUGUCCAGAAGCCACUCCUGCGUUCUCUUGGCUGUGUGCUUAGGGUCGUUGUCCUGUUGGUAGGUGAACCUUCGCCCCAGUCUGAGGUCCUGAGCGCUCUGGAGCAGGUUUUCAUCAAGGAUCUUUCUGUACUUUGCUCCGUUUAUCUUUGCCUCGAUCCUGACAAGUCUCCCAGUCCCUGCCGCUGAAAAACAUCCCCACAGCGUGAUGCUGCCACCACAAUGCUUCACCAUAGGGAUGGUGCCAGGUUUCCUCCAGACGUGACGCUUGGUAUUCAGGCCAAAGAGUUCAAUCUUGGUUUCAUCAGACCAGAGAAUCUUGUUUCUCAUGGUCUGAGAGUCUUUAGGUGCCUUUUGGCAAACUCCAAGUGGGCUGUCAUGUGCCUUUUACUGAGGAGUGGCUUCCAUCUGGCCACUCUACCAUAAAGGCCUGAUUGGUGGAGUGCUGCAGAGAUGGUUGUCCUUCUGGAAUGUAAUACCAAUCUCCACAGAGGAACUCUGUCAGAGUGACCAUCGGGUUCUUGGUCACCUCCCUGACCAAGGCCCUUCUCCCCCGAUUGCUCAGUUUGGCCGGGCGGCCAGCUCUAGGAAGAGUCUUGGUGGUUCCAAACUUCUUCCAUUUAAGAAUGAUGGAGGCCACAAUGCUGCAGAAAUUAUUUGGUACCCUUCCCCAGAUCUGUGCCUCGACACAAUCCUGUCUCAGAGCUCUACGGACCAUUCCUUUGACCUCAUGGCUUGGUUUUUGCUCUGACAUGCACUGUCAACUGUGGGACCUUAUAUAGACAGGUGUGCACCUUUCCAAAUCAUGUCCAAUCAAUUGAAUGUACCACAGGUGGACUCCAAUUUCGAGUCUCAAAGCAAAGGGUCUGAAUACUUAUGUGUUAUUUUUUUCUUUUCGCUUUGUCAUUAUAUGGUAUUAUGUGUAGAUUGCUGGAGAAAAAAACAUUUAAUACAUUUUAGAGUAAGGCUGUAACGUAACAAAAUGUGGAAAAAGUAAAGGUCUGAAUACUUUCCAAAGGCACUGUAUCUGUUAGAAAUGUAGAAAGAGGGGAGAUCUAAAGAUGCAACAACUAGCAAGGGUUGCAAAUAUGACUAGGAUUGUGCCUUUAGCUACUGGACAAUGAAAGAAAGUUGAUUUUAAAACCAAUAGAACAUGAGAGAAAUAGUCUACUGGUUUCAAUGGCAUAUGGAAGUCUUUAUAAAAUAAUUGCCUCUACGGAUUUGGUCAGAUUUUGGCUAGGCUACUUUGAAGCAAGGUAAGACAUGCCUCAUAUAUAUAUAUAUAUAUAUAUAUAUAUAUAUAUAUAUAUAUAGUAAAACUUUCUGGAUUCAAACAAUUAAGUAUAUGUUUUCAAAAUGCAUACUGCCUCCAGCUCUGAUGCGCUGAUGAAGCCAAAGCAUGCUUCAAUUACCAGUUGAAAAAUAGAAAUUGUAGCUCUUUUUAAUCGUGGCCAUCAACAAUUUUUAUUUUUUACAUGCAAUUGCAUUUAGAAUUGUUGCACAAUGAUUGGGCCUAUAAAAUGUUUAAUUCUAGCAGCAACGAAACAGCUGUUUGAGGGGCUGUAGCAGCAGCUCUCGCGCUGCCUGACAGAUUUUCUGCUCAAAGGCUCUGUACCUGUAUGCUGUGCGCAUGUGAUAAAUAAGAUACUAACGAAUAUACACGUGGCAAUUUAAUUCCACGAAAUUAUGCAAAUUACCCAUUAGAUCGGUAAGCAUGACCAGUCAAAUGUAUUUACAUCGACUGGUAUUUCAAUCAAUUAGGCAUUUUUUCGUAAUGGGAUUUUUCUUCUUCCAGACAAUCGGCUUUAAAAAAAUGUAUUGUAUUGUCUAAAAGCCAGUUAUUACCGGUUAACGGAAGCCCUAAAGUGUUGUUGUGAGUGAUUGUAUUCUUUGUGUUUCUCAGGGUUCCCCAGUGUUACCAUGGCUCCAGACUGUGGCUCUGACUCAGACCUGCCUGUCCUGCAGAAACCAGAGGCCCCAACACAGCUCUCCCUCCUCAGCCAGUCUAUGAUGGACCCACAGGUACUGCUCUCACUCUCGCUCUCUUGUGUGCUUGUGUGUCUUUUUCCAUUUCUUAACAUGUUUAUUUUUUAUUUCAGGCUCUGAAUGAGCUGGAGGACUCUGAAGACCAUAGUGAUGAAGAAACUGGCCAUUCUGCCUCUAUCAGUUUCAACUCCAACAUGGAUACCAGGUAACAACGCUGCCAUUCUGCCAAACACUUAGCAAUGCCCACACACAAUGCUUCCCACUCAUACACACCCAUUACAAAUUAUUAUUUGCCAGACGUGGACGUCUAUUAAGGCAGCCCCCCGCACCUCUCUGAUUCAGAGGGGUUGGGUUAAAUGCGGAAGACACUUUUCGGUUGAAUGCAUUCAGUUGUGCAACUGACUAGGUAUCCCCUUUUACCCUUAUCUGUUGUAAUGUUUCUAUCAUAAGCUCACAUCCUUUUCUGUUGUCAGUUACAGGGUGCAUACCCGGAAGGUGAAAGCCAAGUCUCGUACCAGAGGAGAGAAGCAGCAAAGACCCCAGUCUAACUCCAACCUCCAGGGGGCAGGAGGAGACAGCCCCCCUCAGACUCCCUGUGCCUCAGGGGGAACCCAACUACAAGCAGGUAAGAGGACAGAUCCUUUAACUGGGAGGAGGGCUUGGAUAGAUGGCGUGCUAUACUAUACAUCAAGUCUCAUCCCCUAUUUUCUAUCUCAACUCUCUCUCACCCUCAUUCUCUCUGUUCCUUUUCCCUCCUCUAUCCUCCUCGCUCUCUAUCCAGCUCUGAAUGCCACAGUAAAAGUCCAGCGGUUGCGGUCCAGACAGCCCCAACCCCAGUCUGAACCUGAGGAGCGUUUCACCCUGGUCACUCAGGUCCUGAACCCUGACCCUCCUCUCACCCGCUCAGGUACCACUCAUAGUGCAUUACAACAACAGUCAAUUAAUUAGGUACUAUUGUGUGAAGUUGACUGAAUUAGUGCACAUUAAUGUGCUGUACUUGGUGCAUAAAAGCAUAUGUUAACAUGUUUCUCUAUGUAUCUUGUUUAUAUGUAGGCAGGAAGAGCCGGUCCUCGAAGGCCAGUAGGGGGCGCAGUACUGAGUCAGGUCUGGAUGGCUCUACCCUCAGCUCUCUGAGUGGGAACCAGUCCAGCCUGGGGCUGCUGCAGGGCCUGCUGGGUCAGGUGGAGACAGAGCUGGAGGGCCUGGGGCCAGAGGAGCCUCCCAGAGCCCCAGGAGCAGGGGGAGGAGAGCGGACGACGGGGCCAAAGCAUAGCACACACGGCCUCACAGGCUUCUCUGUGGCUCUGGUGUCUACACUGGGCCGUCUGGCUAGGCUACUCAGACAGGUACGUCUGACUAAUGACUAUUAGACUGGUUCUCUGUGUCUAUGUUCUGUUAUACCAGUAUGAUUGACAGCUCCGUCCCCUGUGUGUCAGAGAGAGGAGGAGGCUCAGAGGGAGGGAAAGGAGAGGAGGAGGCUGGAGGAGGAGGUGAAGGAGCAGAGGGGGCUGAUAGAUGCCCUCACCACAGAGACCCUGAUCCUGAGAGAGGAGAGCGCCGCCCUGCAGGUCAGAACAGACAUCACACACACAGUAUCUCUCUACAUCACUUCUACCUUAAUGGCUUCCAAGGCUAAUUCAUGUUUCUUCAAAUCAUUAUGUGAGAUGAAGAGAUCUCUAAUAGUGAUUUCCCUCCAGGCAGGUCUGCAGCAGCGAGCGUGUGAUCUGGAACAGAGGCUGGACACAGUGUUGCUGGCACUGGGGGGAUUGGGGGUACUAGGAGGAGACAGGGACUAUGAGCAACAAGACACUGGCAGCAUAGCUACAGGUCAGUACACACAAACACACACACAGUUCACUAUCAUGUUCCUCAACGUGUUAUGAGUAUUGGUAAAGAGUUGUGUCCCUAUGCAGGCAGUGAGUGGGAACCAUCCUAUGACGCAGACGCUCCUGUACCCUCCUAUGAACAGAAUCAGGCUGGUCUCACUCUCAACCCUGCUGUGCUGCUCUCACCACCACGUCAGAGAGACAACCGCCCACACGGUCACACCUCAGGUAACAGGUCUCUCUCUCUCUCUCUCUCUCUCUCUCUCUCUCUACCUCUUUCUCUCUCUACCUCUUUCUGGGUUGUCUAUUUGUCUGUACUCUGCUCUCUUUCUUCAUGUUUUCAUUCUCUCAUGUUGCUCUCCUUUCUCCCCAGCGGUUCGCUCCCUGUCUCUCCACCACGUUUCCUCUCUCCCUGUGACCCGGCGCUCCUGUGACGACCUCCAGACCGUCAGCUCCGCCCCCUCUCUCGUCAGCCUGCCCCGCCCUGCCCCUACACCCCCUCCAGCCCCCACCCCGGAUCCCCUCCCUCUCCUCUGCGAUCCGUCCCAGGGUGCCAUGCUGUCUCAGAUCGCCGAGCUGACCCGUCAGAACGCCCUCAUACGGAAUCAGCUGGGGCAGUUCCACCCCUCUACUCCUCCCUCCGGGUCAGGGAUUUGUAAAGGUCAGAGUUCAGGCAGGGGGUCACCCAGAGACACAACAGAUAGCAGAGGGUUUGUCUCCAGCAGCACAGGGAGAGUGACUCCCCAACAGGGCGUGGAGAAGAGAGGCUCUGCUCCCAGCAGUACAGGCAGAACAACACCCCAGCGUGAGGCAGGGAGAGAGAGGGGGACAUGGUCCUGUGGUGGAGAGCUGCAAACACAGCAGGUGAGGAGGUCACAUCUAACAGACCACUCACUGUCCAGAUUUCAGGUCUUUUGAAUACUGUACAGUACAGCAUGAUAAACAUUCCAUGAGUUGAACAUACUGGUGCCUUCAAUCAGGUUUCUCAUGAUUGACAGGUGAAGUACCUGCUGUUUCUCUGUGUGUCUUCUACAGUCUGUGGUUUCUGAGGGCCCAGGCUGUGAGAGCAGUGUGGAACAACGCCUCCUAGAGCUCAACAGGCAGAGUGCAGCAGCCAGGAGCAGACUGCUGGAGCUCAUAGAACAACAGAGACAGAGCUCCUCCUCAGCCAGAGUCUCCCCCUCCGUCUCCCCCAUACCUCCACUGUCAGGUAGGGCAGCUGUGAGACAAGGUGCGUGUGUGUGUAAUGAAUACUGUGUGGAGAUGGUUACCUUGAAACUUUCUCCCUCUCAGCAGCAGCACUGAGCCCAGAGUCGUCCGUGCUGAUGCCUGAAGAGGACCCCUCCCCCCCGGGCAGUGGAGGCAGUAGACGGUGAGUCUGAAUAAGAACUGUAACCAUUAGGGAGGACUGUAACCAUUAGGGAGGACUGUAACCAUUAGGGAGGACUGUAACCAUUAGGGAGGACUGUAACCAUUAGGGAGGACUGUAACCAUUAGGGAGGACUGUAACCAUUAGGGAGGACUGUAACCAUUAUGGAGGACCGUAAAUUUAGGGAGAACCGUAACCAGGACAAUACAACACUGACCUUAGAUCAGUGACUAUAUGGGAAACUUUAUUCUAAUCGACUCGACACAUUGGAGGUCGGGAGGUGAUGUGGAUGAAGGGAUCAGAGGUCAGGGAAUGAUGGUCAUCUUGACUGAGGAGGUCCUGUGUGUUUCAGGUCUGCUGGUGGGGUCUCUCCACAAAGCCUUGGAGGACUGUCCAGAGGCAGCAGGACUCCGGUACACACACACACACACACACACACACACACACACACACACUGGUACAUCCUAUUUGUGGAAAUGUUGAGUCUUUUUUAAGGAUGAUCAUACAAUUUUCCCUUUUGUCUGGUACAGGUGGAAAAGCUUAAAGGAGAAGGCUGGUUUGCGUUGUCCACACAUGUAA